GGCUUGCCUCUCUUCCCUUGCUGGGGAAGCGAGGCUGGACUGUGGUCUCGAUUCAAGAGAAACUCUCAAGAGAAUCCAGAGUUUGGGGGAAAGCGAAGAGAGAAGGCAGAAGGCCAGCCCAGAGGAGAGGCGCAGAGGCUUCUCAGAGCCUGGAGCGGGCACCCAGUCCAAAGCUCUUUCUCCGAUGCCAGCAAAAGCAGGACCUGGCACAAGGUGUCUCUCUUCCCCUCGAGGGGUGGGAUCGGGAAGCAAAGUCCACGUUCCAAAGUCCCCUCGCCGGAGCCUGCAGAGGCAGACCACAAAAGAGGAAAGGCACGACUGGGAAGGGACAGCCAUGGCCACCCGAGGGAAAAUCAGCACCCUCUACGAUGCCCUCGUGGUGGGUGCGGGCAUCCAGGGAGCCUGGGCAGCUUACCACCUGGCCAAGAGAGGGCAGAAGACCCUGUUACUGGAGCAGUUCCCUCUCCCUCACACCCGAGGGAGCUCCCACGGACAGAGCCGGAUCAUCCGCAGCGCCUACCCGGAGGCCCAUUACGUGGCUAUGAUGCCAGAGGCCCACCGCCUCUGGGCGGAGCUGGAGACCGAAACUGGCACCAAGCUGUACAGACCAACUACGGCACUGAUUUUGGGGCGCCAGGAGAAUCCUGAGUUCCAAAGCUACUGUCAGGCCAUGGAACACCACCGUAUCCCAAGAGAAACUUUAACUCCCAAAGCUUUGGCCCAAAGGUUCCCGGAGAUCCACCUGCGUGGUGGAGAGAUGGCCAUAUCCGACCACACAGCUGGGGUCUUGUACGCCGACAAGGCACUUAAAGCUGUCCAGGAUCAAUUCCGACGUGAUGGAGGGACCGUGCGUGAUGGUGAGAAAGUGCUCAGCAUCAUCCCAGGGGCCGUGGUCACUGUAAUAACCAGCCUAGGGGAGCAUCGGGCUAAAAGCCUAGUGGUCACUGCCGGAGCAUGGACGGGUCCACUGUUGGCCUCCCUAGGCCUGCACCUGCCUCUCCAGCCCCUCCGGAUCAGCGUCUGCUAUUGGCGGGCAAAACCGCCGGCCACCCUGGAAGCCAUGCCUUGUUUCCUUGGCAUUUGCCUCAACGGGAGCCAGCACCACAUUUACGGCCUGCCGGCCAACGAGUACCCAGGUCUAGUCAAGAUUUGCUAUCAUCAUGGUACACCGGUGGAUCCAGACACCCCCGACCAGCUGAGCCAGGCCUCUCCAAACCCCGUUCCUGAUGUUCAGAUCCUACAAGAUUUUGUGAGCAAGUACCUGCCAAGCCUUGAUCCUGAACCCGCUGUACAAGAACGCUGUCUAUACACGAACACCCCAGACAAGGAUUUUGUGAUAGAUCGGCACCCGCGUUUUAGGAAUAUUGUCAUCGCAGCUGGGUUUUCAGGCCACGGGUUCAAGUUUGCCCCCGUCAUCGGGAAGGUCCUUGGCCAGCUGUGCCUGGGCCAGGAGCCCUCUUACAACCUGGCGCCGUUCCGGAUAAGCCGUUUCCCGGGCCUGACGAAAGCCUCUCUGUGAAUCUCUCUCAAGCUGACUACGACCGACCGAGAAAGAGGCACGGGGGCUGCGCCUUGCCUUAAAAAACAAACAAACACAAACUGGUGACCUUGCGAACUGGCUCAGCGCCUUGAGCUCACCAUCAUCACCACCACCACCCCGGCCGCGAGAAGGGCCAAGCGCAGCCACACCCUUUGGCCCUGACCGACAGCAUUGUUGUCUUGACUAGCGACACCCACAGCUUGUAAAAGUCUGUUGCUGUUUUUAUUAAAAGCUACAGUAUGA